UUACUAUAGCAUAGCAUAGCAUAACUUAAAGCCAACUCAGCAUUGAUUUUCAAACAAUAUAUUUUGUAUUCAAAUAAUAUUAAAAUAAAAAAUUAUUUACACAACACAUACACAUAGUUAUCAAUCGGUACCGACGGUAAUACACAUACGAGUGGCCACAACAACAACCAGUGACCACCACCAACAGUGACUAUCAUAUUAUAUACCGUAAACAAUACAACCCGCCAAAAGUGGUCAUCACCAACGAUUGCCGCGACUGAAUAGAUAUUACAACUACCGUAUAAAACAAUGUCAAACAACGGUGACUCGGGAAAUGGUGACCAAUCGGCCGCCGCCGCAGCUGCCGAAGAGGUCAAAGUAGACAAAUGGGACGGUAAUGCGGUGAAAAAUUCGCUGGACGAUGCCGUCAAGAAAACAUUUACCGAUACCGAUCGCAAACUCAAGUAUCGGGAAAAUCAUUCGCUGGUCGACACACGGCUGGCCAUCUGUGUUACGGCUGUUGGUGCGGCCAUGUUUGCCCUGGUCUGGGACUAUAUGCGACCGUUUCCCGAAUCUCGACCCGUACUCAUACUGUGCGUAAUCGGCUAUUUUGUAUUGAUGUCCAUUUUGACCGCCUAUACGACUCUGGUCGAAAAGGGUAUCUUCUUGCGGGCCGUACAGACCGAUGCCAACGGUGCUACUAAGUUGUGGACACUGUCAUCGAUGCUGAAACGUUUUGACGAUAUCUAUCAUCUGUGCAUUGAAUACAAGGCACCCAAUGGACGGGUAGCCGAAGCUAACCUAUCGAAAUCGAUAGCCAACUGGUUUGAUACCGACGGCACACUAUUGUACGAUAAGUUUGAGUCGGAAGUACUCAAACUGCACGACAGUCUACUGUCCGAUAAGAAAAAUAAAUAAUUUAAAAGUUUAUUUGUUUUUAUUAAUAAUUUUUUCAAUAUUAUUAUUAUUAUUAGUAAACUAAUUGAU